AUGGGAGACUGGCCUGUGGAAGCCGGGUCCCUUGAAGCUUACACGACUUGCAGGUACCUAGGAACCCCUCUAGCCCAGCCCCAUCGCUUGGGAGACUCGGACUGUGCCCGAGGGGUCGGCACGUGGUCAGUGUCAGUGACUGGAUUCGAACCCGAGCUGGGGCUCUUCCCCCUGUGCCGCAUCUGCUUUGGCACUGUCGGGCUCAGCACUCGGAAGCCACCACUUACCUCUUGGGGCCUCCCCGCCCUCAUCAGUCAGGUCGCCGGGCUGGACCGAGCGGCCUCCGAGCACCCGCCCUUCUCCACAUUCGCGAACCCGCCGGCCACCCACGAACCCCGCCUCAAGUCCCCCGCCCCCAACCUCCACCCUUGGAGCCCCGCCCCCGGCGAGCUCCGGGAGGGGGCGGGGCCUCCCGGGCGUCGCCAUGGCGACCGCGACAAGAUGGCUUCCUUGAACUCUGGGUUAGAGGGUCCAGACCACGGGGCGCUGAGUUCAGAGCAGAUCACACGGCUGCGCAAUUUCAAGAUCAGCACGCGCAUCGCGGACGAGAAGUACCUGCGCUCGCACAAGGAGGUGGAGCUGCUCUUGAGCGGUUUCUUCAGAGAAAUGUUUUUGAAAAGGCCAGCGGACAUCCAAGAGUUUGCUGCAGAGUAUUUCACAGAUCCAGAACUUCCCGGAAAGAUACAGUCACAGCUGCUAGAAAAACAAAAGCAGUAGCAAUGAGCAGAACUGUGAUUUCUGCUGUUGGAAGCACAGAGUCAUAUGAAGAUGAGACCCGCUCCAUCAUCAUGGAUUUGUAAGUUCCCCUGGAUUUUGCUUCUUGUGUGAUAAAGCUCUGCAUUAAAAACAGACUUCUCC